ACGCAUGCGCGAAGGGAGACUAUGGCGCCUUGUUGGAGAAACAGCGAGUGAGGGCUCGGGGAAGGAAGGCGAGUGAGCAUGCGCGGUGGAGAGACCUGGGCUUUCUUCCUACCAAGAAAGAGAAAGAAUCUGGAUUAAAGGACUACAUUUCCCGGCAUGCUCUGAAAGGGGCGUGGCUUCACUCCCUUUUGCCGGCUGGGAAAAACGAGGCUUUUAAGCGACGCUGAGGAGAAGAAGUAUGGCAGAGUUAAAAGUCUUCCCGCUCUCCUGCGCUGUGCAGAACUAUGCCUGGGGAAAACCAGGCCGGGACAGCGAGGUCGCCAAACUCUUGGCAAGCAGCGAUCCCACGGUGCAAAUCGAAGCAGAGAAGCCCUAUGCGGAGCUCUGGAUGGGCACCCACCCCAAAGGCGAUGCCGUGAUUCGUGACAACCGCAUCCCGCAAAAGACCUUGGGGCAGUGGAUUGCGGUCAACCCGGGCUGCCUGGGCUCCAAGGUGAAGGAGACUUUCCAGGGCCAGCUGCCUUUCUUGUUCAAAGUGCUGUCCGUCAACACGGCUUUGUCCAUCCAAGCCCAUCCCACCAAGGAACUGGCCGAAAAGCUUCACGCUCAGUCUCCGGAGCAUUAUCCAGAUGCCAACCACAAGCCGGAGAUGGCUAUUGCCCUCACCCCCUUUGAGGGCAUGUGCGGCUUCCGGCCGGGAGAGGAAAUCGUGGGCUUCCUCCAGAAUGUUCCUGAAUUCCGGACAUUAAUUGGGAAUGUGGCGGCGGAGCAGCUGGAGCGCAGCGUGAGGGACGAUCCCCGGGGUGUUGCGGCCGCCUUGCGCGUCUGCUUCACCAGGAUGAUGAAGAGCGAGAAGAAGGUCUUCGUGGACCAGCUCAAUAUGCUGGUGAAGCGCAUCUCCCAGGAAGCGGCUGCGGGGAAAAACAUAUCCACCAGUUGUGGGGAGCUGCUCCUCCGACUCCAUUCCCAGUAUCCUGGAGACAUCGGCUGCUUCGCCAUCUAUUUCCUGAACGUGGUGAAGCUGCAGCCGGGAGAAUGCAUGUUCCUGGGAGCCAACGAGCCUCAUGCCUACCUCUAUGGAGACUGCAUCGAGUGCAUGGCGUGUUCUGACAACACUGUCCGAGCCGGCCUGACCCCCAAGUUCAUUGACGUCCUCACCUUGUGCGAAAUGCUGAACUACACUCCGGCUCCCAGCAGUACCAAGCUCUUGGCCCCCGUACAAAGCCGCCUAGACCCUUACGUCUACCUCUACGACCCACCCGUUCCAGACUUUUCCGUCAUGAAGAUCGUGAUUCCUGCUUCCAUUAAGUUAUACCUCAUUUCCGCCGUGGACUCUGCUAGCAUCGUGCUGGUGGUGCAGGGGGCGGCCGUGGGCACCUCCACCGCCGCCGCGUCCGAAAUGGCCCUCAGCCGGGGCUCCGUGCUGUUCAUCUCCGCCAACGAGAGCGUCUCUUUGCACCUCUCCAAUGGCGAAGGGAUGCUCCUCUUCCGCGCCUGCUGCCUCUUAUAACGUGGGACUCUUCGCUCUUCCCCUCCCUUUGCUCUGACUCACAUAGCAUCAAUAGAAGCUGGCCUGGGCCCCUCCGUUGAUUUCCACCCAUCAGAUCACUGUGUCAGGAGCCCAGCUUUAUUCCCGCUCGAUCCUCGUACGGUUGGCAACUGUUUCCCACCCUUCUUGCCCCUACAAUUUGUCAAGUAAUUUUUUUAAAAGCAGGCAGGAAAUCUCUGCUGCUUAAGAUGGUUCCAUUGCUGCUGUUACUUCAGAAAUCGGGUUGCCAUUUGAGAGAGAGCUGGAAAGGCCGUGAUUGUCCAAAAUGCCACCAAACUUUAAAUCCCAUCAGUCAGCAUGGAUGGUGGGAGCUGCAGUUCAUAAAUAUUUAAGCAGAGAUGGGAAUUGAAUCCCAGUCUCUUGAUGUUUCUGGGCUGCCGCUCUCAGCUUGCUGUGUCAUUGGCAAAGCUGGCUUGGAGCCAUUGGGAGUUGCAGUCCAACAACAUCUAGAAAUUUGCAUGAUUCCCAGCCCUGGUUCUGAGACUGUUUUAGAUUACAGCUGCUAUAAUACCCAGACAGAUCAUAUAGUUAGGGAAAAGGGGGAGCCUAUACAUUUCCAGUUGUUGUUGAACUCCAACUCCCAUCCACCCCAGACAAUCUGGCAAAGGGUCCGAGGCCUCGGUUCCCACUCCACAACAAUUAAUACCCAGAGUGUAUCUCUGCAUCUUGGAGAUAAACAUUGGCAUCAGUCGACAAUCCACACCUUUUCCCUUUCUGUCCACAGCUCCAUGGCUUAUCUAUUUAUGACAUAUUAGGUUUGCUGUGACUCUCAAACAUGUCCGAACCUGAUUUAUUCCCUUUAACCUGGUGAGUUUCAAUUAAAAACAGGGCUGAGGCCAUUCUCCAAGGCCAGAUUUUUCCGCUCAGAACCACUGUGUGACACGACUAGAAAUGCAUAGAAUGAACACUUUUUUCCUAGCUUUUGUGGAGCUGAUAUGUGUUUUAGAUCCCAUUUUCUAAGAGCAGAAAGUAUCAAUUAAAAAUAUUGGUGCGAGAGACAAGAAAGCCAUAGGGCGCCAAGCUUCUCUCCCAAAAAGUUUUGCAAACGGGACAUUUGCCCAGUCCUGGUUUUAAACAUAUCUUUACGUCUUUAAGUAUUCAUGUCUAUUAAAUUGUGGCUAAGUUAUAUUGGAACAGAAUUGCCAAAGACUGGCUGACCGUAACUAUGGUUAGUUUCAAAAAACCAGCACCAGUAAUCAUGGUUUGCAGCUAGCAUGUUUGAAACUUACCAUGGUACUUUGGCAUAUAUAUUUUUGGCAGUUGUAUGUGCCAAAAAUAUUUAAUGGUGAAAGUAGAUUGUGUUUAAAGGAAUCAUUGAGUCAGGAGCUGGUAUAGAGCUUGGAAAUGUUGAUUUUCAGGACUAUAUAGCCUUCUGAUCCAACAUCAUAGUCCAGAGAUUUCCAAGCUCUUUAACACCGUUCCAAACUAAGUCUUGGAAGUUAGGAUUUUUUAAAGUUCUGUGGUACAGCUUUCACAUUUACAAAAUUUCUUCAUGUCAAUCAAUUUCAGAUACAGAUUUGAACCAAAUAGUAUUUUGAUUUUUAGAGUAAAGAUGAUGCAUCAGGGAAAGGUAUGUGGCGCAGAGGGAAGACGUCAGCAGAAAUCCCUGGAAUGAACCAGCAUUCCUCCCAUUUCCUUUGCAGUAGUCCACAUUUCAGUGCUCUGUUUAGAGCUAAUAAUACUCAAGAAGAAUACAAGUGGGGUGGCAAGGGGGAAAAGAGGAAGCAGUUACCCAAAAUCAUCUCACUGGAGUAAAGUCUUCAUUUGUUAAAGAAGUCAAUGUGUUGAGUAAAAAGUCAGCUAAAUAAAAGAGGUUUGUGGCAAUUUUGCCCCAAAGAC